UAUCAUGUAUCCAAAUACCAAACCUUGGCACCAAUAAUUUAUAGUAUCCUGACAUUAGAUUGAAAACAAGAACUACAUAACAUAUUAAGAAGAUGACGACAGAAAAAAGCGAGUUAAAAGGCGAAGGUGGUUAAAAUUGAAGAGUCUUUGGGGCAAGUUUGUCUUAGAGAACAAAAAGUAUAUACAGAAGAAGAAAAGGCAGAGGAAAACAGAGUGAGGGUGGGAAGCAUGAGAGGGGGUUGCUUUAGCUUUUCUGGGUUUGGGAAUCGUUGAAAGACAGUGAAGAAAAGCCUGCAAGAGAAUCCAAGACCUAAACAUGGGUCAAAGACUGUGUCAUACCAUAUAACCUCCCAGUGUUGCACUUGUAAGGGUUCUCUUAUUUUCUUCUUGUUCAUGGAGAGGAAGAGAAAUACCAAUCUUUGUUCCAGUGUCUCCUUUUUCAUGCUCUCAUUUUGCACACUGAUCGUUACUGCCUCUGCCAUUCCAUGUCUAGAUACCAGGUGUCCCAUGCUUGCCAAAGCUGAUGAAGAUUUUCAGGAACUUAAGGGGGAAAUUGGACAAAGUUUGGUGUCCAAAAGUAAAAUAGAAAUGUCAUCAAUGGUCCGGCCCAGGAGGCUUCUAGGCGGGCCUGGGUCGUCGCCGCCGCGGUGCACCUCCAAGUGUGGUAAAUGCACACCUUGUAAACCGGUUCAUGUACCGGUGCCGCCGGGGACGCCGGUGACCGCCGAGUACUACCCGGAGGCAUGGAGAUGCAAGUGUGGCAACAAGUUGUACAUGCCAUGAACAUAUUUUCUCUAUGUAUGACGUAUUUUUGUUAAUUGGCCUAGUAUAUAGUUCAUUUUAUUGACUAUAAAGACUCCCACUUCUUUGAUGAGUUUACCUUAGCUUUAGCUUGUGGUGGAUAUUGGAUAUGAAAAGAGAGUACAGAACUUGAUUUGAUGUGAAAUAUAUGAUAUCUUCACACUGAUUAAUUACGGAUUAAUGUUAGUAACAGUACAAUUAUGUUGUUA